AGAGGGAAUAUAUGAAGGAGGAGGUGGAGGAGUGUGCUGAAGAUGAGGCGACUGAAUCGGAAGAAGACCUUGAAUUUGAUGAAAGAAUUGGAUGCCUUUCCAAAGGUUCCUGAAAGCUAUGUGGAGACUUCAGCAAGUGGAGGCACAGUUUCUCUGAUAGCAUUUACAACAAUAGCUUUCCUGACUGUAAUGGAGUUCAUGGUCUACCGAGACACAUGGAUGAAAUAUGAAUAUGAAGUAGACAAGGAUUUUACUAGUAAAUUAAGAAUCAAUAUUGAUAUUACCGUUGCCAUGAGGUGUCAAUAUGUCGGGGCUGAUGUUCUGGAUUUAGCAGAAACAAUGGUUGCCUCUGCAGAUGGGCUAAUCUAUGAACCAGUAGUAUUUGAUCUCAGCCCACAACAAAAAGAAUGGCAAAGGAUGCUGCAGCUAAUACAGAGUAGGCUGCAGGAAGAACACUCUCUGCAAGAUGUGAUAUUCAAAAGUGCUUUUAAAAGUGCUUCUACAGCACUGCCACCACGGGAAGAUAAUUCAUUACAGUCUCCAGAUGCAUGCAGAAUUCAUGGUCAUCUCUAUGUCAAUAAAGUGGCAGGGAAUUUUCACAUAACUGUGGGCAAGGCAAUACCACACCCUCGAGGCCACGCACACUUGGCAGCCCUUGUAAGCCAUGAGUCCUAUAACUUCUCUCAUAGAAUAGAUCAUUUGUCAUUUGGAGAGCUUAUUCCAGGAAUUAUUAAUCCUUUGGAUGGAACAGAAAAAAUAGCGUCGGAUCACAACCAGAUGUUCCAAUAUUUUAUCACAGUUGUGCCAACCAAACUCCAUACGUAUAAAAUUUCAGCAGAAACUCAUCAAUUUUCAGUGACGGAAAGGGAAAGAGUAAUUAACCAUGCAGCUGGCAGCCAUGGGGUGUCAGGAAUAUUCAUGAAAUACGAUAUCAGUUCACUUAUGGUGACGGUCACAGAAGAACACAUGCCUUUUUGGCAGUUCUUAGUGAGGCUCUGUGGCAUUAUUGGGGGAAUUUUUUCAACUACAGGAAUUUUACAUGGCUUUGGAAGAUUUGUAGCAGAAAUUAUUUUUUGCCGUUUCAGACUGGGCUCUUACAGAUCGACAUCGGUACCACAUCCUGAUGGCGACACAAGCAACCACUUACCUCCAAUUACAGACAAUAGUACGCAUUAGCCUCCUGAGAAAAUUUUCUUUCUUCCUGCCUGAUACAGAAGACAUUUUUUUAUAGUAAAGAAAAUGUUGUGCAAUAUGCUGAGACAGUGCUGACGGGCAGCGUAAAAUGAAGCCUUUACAAAAAAAAAACCAACACAAACCCACAACAAAAAACACCAAGAAACAAAACAAA